UACCCGGAAGUAGUGGCAGAGUGACUCCUCUCUGCUUCUAUACAAUCUCUGCUACUGCUACUUACACACGGUUGGGAUUUCACUUGCCCAUAGAUCGAAAAUGAGCAACUCUGAAGAACCCAAAAUGACUACUGUUCCUCACAUAGUGAAAGAAGAGCUCAUUGCAGCAGGAAAAUGGGUGAAGCUGGAGAAUACGACGUACGUGGACCCUGCUGGAAACACCAGAACCUGGGAGACCGUGAAAAGGACAACAAGACAAACCAACACAGAAGCAGAUGGUGUUGGAAUCCUUGCCCUGCUGAAACGGACGCUCCAUAAAGACUGCGUAGUGAUGGUGAAGCAGUUUCGUCCUCCUAUGGGAUGCUACACACUGGAGUUUCCUGCCGGGUUGAUUGACGAGGGCGAAAGUGCGGAAGCUGCCGCGCUGAGGGAGCUAAAAGAAGAAACUGGCUACAAAGGCGAAGUAGUAGGAAUCACACCAGUGACCUGCCUGGACCCCGGCCUGUCUAACUGCACCACCCAGAUUGUCAUGGUCAACAUUAACGGAGAUGAAACGGAGAAUAUCCACCCAACGCAACAGCUCGGUGACGGAGAAUUUGUUGAAGUCAUUCUUUUGCCUCUUGACGAAUUUCAGACAAAAAUAGAUGAUCUGCUGAAGAAAGAAAAGAUCGUGGUGGACGCUAAAGUGUACAUCUUCGCCAUGGGCAUGGUUCAGGCCUUCUUUAAGCCGAGGGAGCUCCCUAUACUGAAGCAGUGAAGCGGGAAAAAAAUAUUUUUUCUGUUACAGAUGGCUCCUACACAGGACUGGAACAUUAGUUGUAAAGAAGAAAUAGAGGACUUUCUAAUUGUAAUAAGAAAUUCUAUGAAAUUUUGUUGGUUUUAGACUCCAUGUAACCUCCUAUUUUAAUAUUUGUUUCUAGGAAGUGUAAUGACCAUCCACAGAGCAAUAUGGCAGUUAGAAGACACAGUACAGCUGUGUGUGUGUAAAUCAUACUAAGCACAAAAAUCUAAUGAAUUAGAGACAGAACCUAUGAAGGAGCCCUGUUUACACUACAUGUAGCGGACCACUUUUUGUCCUCAGUAUGGUGGUACUACCACACACCUCAAGGCCUGAAUCACACUCCGGUGGUCUGUCGUCAGUUGUUUGCACACUUGACGCAGAAUAUGUUUCAGGCUUUUUGUCUUGUAUGCCUUAAGUGACAAUUAGUCAUUCCCGUGUGUGAAGAGAUGCAGCUUAUUGUAAUUUUUUUAAAUUUAGUGAUUGAGAGACAUUCCUUUAUAUGUACUAACAUACUGUUCGCUGACUUGAUGGGAGAAAGAAAUCCAUCUUAAAAGUGUUUCCUGAUGGUGAAGAACGUUGCGACUUCCUUUAGUUGGGCGUGUUCGUCUUUUUCUUUGGAUAACUUUAGAGGUAAAUAACCAGGGACAUCAUACAGAAAGAUCAGUCUAACCACAGAAAACCAGAAAGCAAUGGACAGCUAAAUCAUGCUAGCUCACAUCCUCCUCCUGGCUUUUGUCUUAAGGCAUUCUGGGAGCUGAAGAAAUUCACUUGCCGACUUAAGAGGAAGUAGACUAGCCAUUUGUCACAAAAUAACUCCAGCAUUGUGUGUUAAUUGUGUUUUCUCUAAUAACGCCACUGUAAUGUACAACAGUCGUACUGUAUUGAUAAAGAAAGUUAGCAACUGAUGGGAAAUAAUUCAUGUUGUGCCUCCAGCUCCGUUAUGGUGCAAUUAACUGGAUAUUGAUGCUGUACUUACCCUUGAAACUAGAAAGUUGUGACCAAUGAAUAAAUGUGAUACUAACUACC